CUAGGUAUGUCAUUUUAAAGCAAAGAGACACAUAUUUUUUAUUUUGUUUGCUCGCUCACACCUUAUCUCCUCACCCAAUUCUCUCCCCCUUUCUUCCUUCUCUCAAAGGCUGAGAGUUCGAGAAAACAAAAAAGCUCAGUUAGCCAAAGCGGAUAUGGACUCUAAAGGAGCGGUACCACCAGAGCAGAAUCCUCCUUACGCUUCUGGCCAAUCAGGUAAAACCUAUGCUUCUGUUGUAGCCGCCGCCGCCGGUGGGGCUGUGAGUAGUGCGAAGUCGCAGGAGUUCGAUUCGGAGAAGGAGGCUGUGGCUGGAGAUUCGGAUAAAGGUGUUGUUGGUGGAGCUGAUAAGGAGGAGGAGGUUGGAGCUGAUGAGAAGGUUGGAGACGAGGCUGAAACUGCUUCAUCGGUAUCUCCGGAGAAGGAGGUUGUUUCUGAGAAAACAAUCGGAGGAGAUGAUGUAGGGGUUGAAGCCGAUGGUGAAGUUUCCGAUGAAGCUGGUUCACCUGAGACUGCUGUAUCGAAGCCUGAAGCUGUUUCUGAGAAAACAACUGGAGAAGAGGAGAAGAAGGAUGAUGUUGAAGAGGAUGGCGAGAGUAGGCUUGAGAAUGGGAGUUUUGAUGGUGGUGAGAAACAGGCUUCCACGGAUGGGAUUGUUGGUGGAGCUGAUAAGGAGGAGGAGAAGUCGAGUUUGGAGGUUGGAGCUGAUGAGAAAGUUUCCAACGAGGCUGCUUCACCCGAGACUGCUUCAUUGUUAUCUCCGGAGCAGAAAACUGUAGGGGUUACCGAAGAAGAGAACAAGAAGGUUGAAGACGCUGUUUCUGAGAAAACAACAGGAGAAGAUGGUGUAGGGGUUACUGAAGAAGAGAACAAGAAGGUUGAAGAGGCUGUCUCUGAUAAAACAACAGGAGAAGAUGAUGUAGAGGCUACCAAAGAAGAGAGCAAGAAGGUUGAAGAGGAUUUUGAAGACAAUGAGCAGUCAGGAAAAACCUAUGCUUCUAUUGUCGCUGCAUCCGCCAGUAAGGAGGUUGCUACCUCACCAGAGGCUGUGUCUGGAGAUUCAGAUAAAGGUAUUGCUGGUGGAGCUGAUAAGGAGGAGAAAUCGAGUUUGGAGGUUGGAGCUGAUGAGAAAGUUUCGGACGAGGCUGGUACACCUGACACUGCUUCAUUGUUAUCUCCGGAACCGGAAGCUGUUUCUGAGAAAACAACCGAAGAGAACAAGAAGGUUGAAGAGGGUGGGGCUCCGGAGCUGGAGGCUGUUUCUGAUAAAGUAACUGGAGAAGAUGAUCUAGUGGUUACUCAAGAAGAGAACAAGAAGUCUGAAGAGGGUGUGGUGGAUGUUGAAGAAAAUGGGCAAUCAGGAAAAACCGAUGCUUCUGUUGUUGAAGAGGGUGUUAAUGAGGUUGAAGACGAUGGUGAGAGUAACCUUGAAAACAAGAGUGUUGAUGUUGCAGAGAAACAGACUUCCACUGAAGUGAUGGUGGACGAGAAUCCGAAAAUGGAGAGUGAGAGUAAAGCUACUGGUGUGGAAGAAGAAGUUGAUGUUGACGAUAAAAUUGAUGAUGUUAUUGAGGAAGAGAGUGGUGAGUUAACUAAUAAAGUUGUGGACUCAUCCACUGUAGAAUCUGUGCAUGUCGAUGUGGCAAAACCAGGGGUGGCUGUUGUAGGAGACGUAGAGGGAAUCGAGGAGGUGAAGAUUAAUGCUGAUGGUGAAAAUUUUGAAGUGGCUAACAAGUUUGAUCAACUUGGCCAUAACGAUGGUGGUGGAUUUGAAGUGGAGUCUAAUAAAUCCGUUGAGGAGGUAGGAGAAAAGUUGACUUCUGGAGCAGAUUCUAUCGCCGACUCUUCCAAACUAGAAUUUGCUGAUAGAAGUGCUGCUGAGGCAGAGGAUGUAGCUGCUAAGAAAUCAACAGAGGCAGCCAGAGUAGAGCCUGAUGAACCGAAGGUUGGUGGAGAAGAAGAAGAAUUGCAAGCGUCUGAAAGUUUAACUGUGGGUUCAGUUGAUGCAAGAGAGGAUUCAGAGCCAACAGCUGAGCUACAGUCUGAACCAAACUCUAACCCAGAGGCCGGGAAUGUUUCUGAAGGAAACAUUGCUGAAGAAGAUGGAGACAAAAUCCCAGCCGCUGACAAUGUUUCUUCUCGUGAGUUUAGUUUUGAAGGCAAGGAAGUGGAUCAUGAUCCUUCUGGAGGAGAAGGUAUUAUUGAUAGUGAAGACGAGACUGAAGAGAUGAUAUUUGGGAGUUCUGAAGCUGCAAGACAGUUCUUGGCAGAGCUUGAAAAGGCUUCUUCGGGUAUCGAGGCCCAUUCUGAUGAAGCAAAUAUUUCUAACAAUAUGUCAGAUAGGAUUGACGGCCAGAUUGUCACGGAUUCUGAGGAGGAUGUAGACACAGAGGAUGAAGGUGAGGAGAAAAUGUUUGAUUCUGAAGCUUUGGCCGCACUGUUGAAGGCAGCCACUGGUGGUGGAAGUUCAGAAGGUGGCAAUUUUACCAUAACAUCUCAGGAUGGUACGAAGCUUUUCUCUAUGGAUCGCCCUGCUGGCUUGAGUUCAUCUUUAAGGCCUUUGAAACCUGCAGCUGCUCCACGUGCAAUCCGUCCCAACAUCUUUUCCAAUCCGAAUGUCACAGUGGAUGAAAGUGAGAUUAACUUGAGCGAGGAAGAGAAACAGAAAUUGGAGAAGUUGCAGAGCCUCCGAGUGAAGUUCUUGCGGCUUUUGCAAAGGUUGGGGCAGUCAGCAGAAGAUUCAAUUGCAGCGCAAGUUCUUUACCGUAUUGCACUGCUUGCUGGGAGACAAACAGGGCAGUUAUUCAGUCUCGAUGCUGCAAAGAAGAAGGCUGUGGAGUAUGAGGCUGAGGGAAACGAAGAGUUGAACUUCUCGUUAAACAUACUGGUCCUUGGAAAAGCUGGGGUUGGAAAAAGUGCUACGAUAAACUCCAUUUUGGGAAAUCAGAAGGCGUCCACUGAUGCUUUUGGGCUCUCGACCAAUUCAGUAAGAGAAAUUUCUGAAACAGUUGGUGGCAUCAAGAUUACCUUUAUUGAUACCCCUGGUUUGAAGCCUGCUGCAAUGGAUCAAAGUGCCAAUUCCAAAAUGUUGGCUUCGGUGAAGAAGGUAAUGAAGAGAUGUCCCCCUGAUAUUGUUCUCUAUGUGGAUCGGCUCGAUACUCAGAACAGAGACUUGAACAAUUUGCCCUUGCUAAAGACGGUUACUGCUUCUCUUGGUGCAUCCAUAUGGAAAAAUGCUAUAGUGACAUUGACCCAUGCUGCUUCUGCGCCUCCUGAUGGCCCAUCUGGCGCCCCUUUGAGCUAUGAUGUGUUUGUAGCGCAGUGCUCACAUAUUGUUCAACAGUCUAUUGGACAGGCUGUUGGUGAUUUGCGUUUGAUGAACCCCAGUCUGAUGAAUCCAGUUUCUCUUGUUGAGAAUCACCCAUUGUGUAGGAAGAAUCGGGAGGGAGUUAAGGUUCUGCCUAAUGGUCAAACUUGGAGACCUCAGUUGUUGCUGUUGUGCUACUCCCUGAAGGUUUUGUCUGAAGCAAACUCCCUACUGAAGCCUCAAGAACCAUUGGACCAACGUAAACUAUUUGGCUUCCGAGUUCGAUCCCCGCCUCUCCCGUACCUGUUGUCUUCGCUGUUGCAGUCACGUGCACAUCCUAAGCUCCCUACAGACCAAGGUGGUGAUAGUGUUGACUCUGAUAUUGAGAUUGAUGACGUGUCUGAUUCUGAGCAGGAAGAUGGUGAUGAGGAUGAGUAUGAUCAGCUGCCACCAUUUAAGCCUCUUCGAAAAACUCAACUUGCAAAACUCUCAAAGGAACAGAGAAAGGCAUAUUUGGAGGAGUAUGAUUAUCGUGUAAAGCUUCUGCAGAAGAAGCAAUGGAGAGAGGAGUUGAAGAGGAUGAGGGAGAUGAAGAAAAACGGGAAGAAGGUGGGUGAAAACGAGUUUGGUUAUCCAGGUGAAGAAGAGGAUCCGGAGAACGGUGCUCCAGCUGCAGUGCCAGUUCCAUUACCAGAUAUGGUCUUGCCACCUUCAUUUGACAGUGAUAAUUCAGCUUACCGAUACCGUUUCCUGGAACCCACUUCACAGCUCUUAACCAGGCCAGUAUUGGAUACCCAUGGUUGGGACCAUGACUGUGGGUAUGACGGUGUCAAUGCGGAAUACAGUCUUGCUAUAGCAAGCCGGUUCCCUGCUACAGCUACUGUCCAAACCACCAAGGACAAGAAAGAGUUCAACAUUCAUCUGGACUCCUCCGUGUCUGCUAAGCACGGUGACAGUGGCUCCACCAUGGCAGGUUUCGAUAUCCAGAAUGUAGGUAAGCAGCUUGCGUAUGUGGUCAGAGGAGAAACCAAAUUCAAGAACUUGAAGAAGAACAAGACGACUCUUGGAGGUUCAGUGACAUUCUUGGGCGAGAACAUUGCCACUGGUGUCAAACUCGAGGAUCAAAUAGCACUUGGGAAAAGGUUUGUGCUUGUGGGCAGUACAGGGACCAUGCGAUCACAGGGAGAUGCGGCGUAUGGCGCGAACCUCGAGGUCAGGCUCAAGGAUGCUGAUUUUCCAAUAGGCCAGGACCAACACUCUUUAGGACUGUCUCUGGUGAAGUGGAGAGGCGAUUUAGCCCUCGGAGGCAACCUACAAUCUCAAGUCUCUGUUGGAAGGAACUCAAAGAUAGCGCUUCGUGCAGGGCUUAACAACAAGAUGAGCGGGCAGAUCACAGUCCGAACCAGCAGCUCUGAUCAGCUGCAGAUUGCUCUCACGGCCAUUCUUCCGAUUGCUAUGUCCAUCUACAAGAUGCUUCGACCAGAUGGGGCCAGUGACAAGUACAGCAUGUACUGAGUAUAUGCCUGCAACUCCCUCUGCUGAUGAAUUCAGGGAAAGGAUGUUUUAUGUUAUUUGGUUCAUGUUUUUUCUCUUCACCUUUAAUAAAACUAUUUGUUGAGAUUUUCUCGAAGUUGUAUUUUGUUCUGUUGAGAAGUACCUUAUCGGAUUGUAUCAGUAUUUUCUUCCAUUUCAGUAAUUUCUCAGAAAAAAAUGGAGUCUAGUCCCGUCUUUUA